AUGCCAGCUGGUGUCAGUUGGGGACAAUAUCUAACUUUUACUGCUGCUGCGAUGAUAUCCAUGCUCACCGGAUCGCAAGUGGUGCACCAGUACUAUAGACCUUUGCAGGACUUACAUAAUUAUAUAAAUGAAGAGUUGAAUAAUUUUCCAGAUCAUGUACAAUCAAAAAUCAGAAAGGAAUUAAAAGAUGAAGGUGUAUUAAAAUAGUUUUGUUAUUAUUAUUUUAGUUAUGUAAUGGAUAUGUUGUAGUUGUAAUAACAAUAUAUUUUAAAGUUA